AUGUGGAAGGACAGGCAUGAGGCGGCAGCUGAGCUGUACACAUUCCUCGGCAGGGCCUCGGAGGGCCAGUCACGCGUUAUCCAGUGCGUUCUGGCGCGGUCCGAGCCCGGAUCGCAUAGAUCAGGCUGGGCCGCAUUCUUGGGAGGGGGUGUGGCGGAUGUCAUCCAUGUCAAUGGCACUGAUGACCUGCAGGUUCAUUUGGUUAGACCAGGUCAAUGCAAGUCACUUAAUGACUUCUGGGGUGGAAGUGAAAUGGCUUUUGUUAUGGAGGGAAAGCCUUUUAAGGCAGAUGAAGAGUUAUUGGACGAAUCCCAGAGCAGUGACAGCCAUUCAUUCAAUGUUCCCGUGGAGCAGUCCUGUCUUCCAUUGCCACUGUCCUCCAUGAAAGCCAGACAGCUACUUUCCAGUUACACUUUGACGCACAACCCCAACGUGGGUGAACUGAGGAAUGGGAAACCGGUGGACGUCUUACCUCAAUUGUGGGUGCGGUGUGACGGCUCAGAUGCAGAAGGAACCUGUUGGUUGGGUGCUGAGCCGAUUAAAACCAGUAGAAAUGAGAUCACAGGAAUGACAUUCCAUAAAGUGACUUAUACAGGCCCAACUACAGACAAAACCUCAUUUUCAAGCCUAGAAGCCCUGAAGAAAUCACACAAAGAGAGACAUCACUCAUCUGCUAUGCAGACAAGAGGAUUCGCUCAGUAUGAUUUAUUUAGCACAGAGGAAGGCUCCAUUAUAGAAUCACAAACUAAUGUCACAGUCGAUUUUGUUUGGAAUGGAGUGGACAAGAUCUUGCACAAUCCACCUUUGACCUCUGCUGCCACAUUGAAUAUCAUGGUGGAAUCUGGAGAUCCCAGAAGUCCUGUCUACCCUAUGUAUAAGGAGCUGGAGUUUUUGCUGGUUUUGUCUGAAGGAAUAAAAACUGGAGUUACAGAGUGGCCAGCGACCUCUGAAUCCAAGUCAGCUGUGGAGAUGGUGCAAGACCUUUUGAAUGAAUUAAAGAAUAAACUGGAUGGUGUUCAUAAUCCCGCUCCUAAAAAAGAAGCCGAGAAAGUCAAGAGUGACACAGCAGAAGUAGAGAGUUCCAUCCAUUCUUUUCUCUCAGAACGUGGAGACCUGGACUUUGCAGAAAUGUUGUGGUGCAAGAUGAGGAAUAGCGUCUCCUGUUACCAAGAUGUUGUAACCUGCUUUUCUCUGGUCAUCCAGGCUAUGAGACAUGGUGAAGUGCACCCUUGGAUCCAUCGUGGGAGCAGCAGUACCCUGAGCCAACUAAUACAACAAUCGUACCACGGAAAGAUGGAAAGUAUCCCUCUUUCAGGCCUUACUCCUAUCCGCAUGCUGCUUGAGAUUGGCCUAGACAAGAUGAAGAAAGAUUAUAUGAACGCCUUUAUAGGUCGAGAACUUGCAACUUUUAAUUACUUGGAUUACUUCAUCAGCACAUCCGUGGAUCUGCAGGAGCAGGUGCAUCGUGUUAAGAAACUGCAUCAUAUGAUGGAAGUGGUAGCUCAUUGCAAUGCUUUCCUCAGCCUGGAGCAUGAGAAUCUCUUUCCACUCACACAAAUCUGUCUCAAGCAUUACAAGGAGAACCCCUGGAAUGAGCAGCAUGUGUUUAAGCUCCCAAUCAGACCAACCAUUAUCAGCAGUUUCUACCAGAAUUCACACCCUCAGACAUGGAGACUGGAGAUCAUCAGUGGACAUGGACAAAAGGAAGUAAAAACCUCAUGGCAACUUAGUUACAGACCUCCUGUAGACCAUUUGUCUGGUGAUGUUCCAGAUUUACAAACUGACUUGACAAUCAGUGCAGAGAAUGAGGAUGUUGCUUACUAUCAAGUCCUGGUCAGCUGCAGUCAAGUGUGCUUCUGCUGAGAUUCCACACAGAGAAACAGAAGAGAAGCGAGUCACAAUACUUCAGAGGGAGUCUGUGCUGGGCGGAGAUGAUAGUACUGUCAGGGAUCUUAUCCAUA